AUGGCGUCUACUAUUGUGGGUGAUUCCGGUCGCGUUUACGUCAAAAGCGACGUGCUCCAGCGCAAUCGCGAGAAUGACAAUCUCAGCAUCUUCAAAGCUGAGUAUGUCUUAAACUCCGUGUCAGAGAACCAGUCUUUUGCCGUCAAGCGCGUGUCUAGGCCAUUCUAUAAUAUGUCGGUUCGCCUUGCGACCGAAUUUGCGGGCUCCCGCGUUCUUAUCUAUCCUUAUUAUACAACUACCCUAUUGUCCUUAAUUCAGGACAAACCGGACUUUUCCCCAACUCAACGAUAUAAAAUUCUACGAUAUACAGCAGAAGCUAUAGCAGAGCUUCAUAAUAAAAACUGGAUCCAUAUUGAUAUUAAGCCAGACAAUAUCUUGGUUAAUUUGACUUGCGAUAACGUUACCAACGUAGCGCUAGGUGAUUUUGACAUUGCUUGCAAGCUAGAGGAUGGACAUGUCUUCCAGACGCCUCACGCAAUAGGGAAUGCGAUGUGGCGAAGCCCAGAGGGGCAGACUGGAACGGGUGUGAGUAAGGCAUCGGACAUGUUCUCAUUUGGGCUCGUGUGCAUAUUCACUCUGGGUGGUGGACCCUUCUUGCUUAUAGAAAAUUACGAAGAGCUUGUAAAGCAUAACAUUAGGCCAGAACAAGAAAUCCUAACUCGACAUUUCUCGAUGUUUGGGCCUGUACCCGAAGGACUCCUCAAGCAAGUUACCAACGAAAACUGGCGUCGCGCUCUAGAGAUAGGAGCAAGAGCGGGCGAGGAAGUGGUAAAGCAAAACCCUUUGAUAAGGUUCUCCGCGUGGGGCGUGGAUCUUGGGCCUGAGGCAUAUGAUAUGAUAUCUGGAGUAACAAAUCUAGACCCAGCUGCUAGAACGAAGAUAGACCGAGUAUUGAGCCAUCGCGUGUGGCAGGAGGAGGUUGAUGAGUCUAUCUAA